AUGUUUUCGUCUGCGCCUCUGCCGUCGCCUCCGCUCAUCUUCGACUUGGGUGCACAUACACUGCGGGCGGGCGUCUCUGGAGACGCGCUGCCGCGGUGGAUCGCCCCGAGUGUCGUCGGGCUUCCUCACUCUGAUCUCUCGUCAGCCUCUUCUUCGUUCAGCUUCCUUUCUGGCGGUGAGGAUCCUGCGUUUCAGAGCCUCGCUCGAGGCAAGUCUGCGCCUUCUGUGCUUUCGAUCGCGCCUCUCAAUCCGCUCGAGAAAGUCGACCACCUCAACCUGCUGCCGGUCGUGUCUUAUCUCCCUUCGUUCCUCGCCAAGGGAGGCGCCGGCCUCGAAGAGUCUGGGAGUGCAGGGGCUCGAGAGAGCCGCGAUGACAAGGCGAAAAAGAAGAGGAAAAACGAGGACGUGAAAAAAGAGGACAAGCAAGCGGAAAGCGAUGCAAGUCUAUAUGGAGCAGGAUGGGAAACUGGCCCCGGUGUAUACUCCGUCAACAUCCCAGGCUUCAAGCGCCUUCUGGAAACCGCCUGCGGGCGACGUGGUCUGGACGAAGGCAGCUUGGAGGGCCGCGCUGUGCUGCUGACGGAGCCGAAUAUCAUGAAUCCCUAUCUCAGAGACUCCUACGCUGAGCUGCUGUUUGAGGACUUGAAGGUGUCGCGGGCGUUUCUGUGCAAGAAGGCGGCGCUGGCGUGCUUCGGGUGUGCGCGGACUUCCUCGAUCGUCGCCGACAUUGGGCACUCGAACACGUCCGUCUGCGCGGUUCAGGAGGGUUUUGUGCUGCAAAAAUCGAUUCAGGAGUUCAGCUUCGGCGGCGCUCACUGCGCGGCGUUCGCGCGGUCGGUGCUGGGCGUCCACGGCGUGCCUCUCACGCCGGGCUUCGCGGUGACGCGCGCGCCGCUCGCCAAGGCGCCAGAGAAAAGCCCCAAGAAGGACAAAGAAGAGCGUGGGCGCCGUCGAAGCGCGGGCGCGGGCCUCGGCGAGCGCCGCCGCAGCUCCGGCGAGGGGGGAGGCGACGCCACGCCUGGCGGCCGCACCAAGCCCGACGGCGAGGAGGCGAAGGGCGCGCCGGGCAAGGCGGGCGGGGCGGACGACGAGAAGGCUCCGCCGCCAGGCUUCACGCGCUUCGUCGACGAAAAAAAUCGGGAAAUCGUGCAGAUUGCCCCCUGCCCUCACGUCACCUCGAGCUACAAAGACUGGGGCGAAAACCACGUCCUCGAAGUCCUCACGCAGGUGUUGGGCGAGUGUCGCGGUCGACAAGCUGCGUCGGCGCUGGUGGGCUCGGUUCUGGCGUCUCCUUCGUCUCCGCCGUUGCGCGGGCGUUCGCAGAAGCCCAGUCUUCGCAAAGGCAAGUCCGGCGCGUCUCGAGGCAGUCCGGAGGCCAGCGGCGACAGCGCGGAGGGAGAGAGGAAGCGCGAGGAAGGCGAAGAAGACUCGUCCUACGUGCUCCCCGACGGCACCACGCUCACGGUGGGCGUCGCGGACAUCCUCCGUUCGGCGGUGCCCGAGGCCCUCUUCUCCGUGCCGUUGAGGCUCCAUUUUUUCAACGCUUACAGUCCCGCCGCCGGCGCGAAGGUGGGCGAGACCGACGGCACGGUCGAGAAGGCCGCGCGAGGCGUCUGCGAAGUGGGACUGCUCGAUGGCAUCAAGAAGUGCAUCGCCGCUUGCGCAGGCGGAGGCGCUGGAGCACGCAGAGACGUGACGGCGACCAUCAUCCCCACCGGCGGCGGCAGUCUCUACUCGGGGUUUCUCGACAGAUUCAGGGAGGAGAUGUACGCACUUCAGCUCGACCCCGCGCUGAGUCCGCUGCUGGCGCAGUGUGGCGAGAGCGGCAACGGCCUCAGCUCUCCGCUGCGCGUCGUCGCGUGUCCGGUGGACGCCGAGCGGCACUUUGCCUCGUGGAUCGGCGGCUCCAUCCUGGGCUGUCUGGGGAGUUUUCCGCAGUUCUGCGUCACGCUCGAGGAGUACGAAGAGUUCGGCGCGCGCGGGGCUUUCGAUCGGAAGUGCCCGUGA